GUUGAUGUUGUUUUUGUAAUUAUACGCCAAUUUCUUAGAAUUAAACAUUAUCUAUAGAUUUACAUCGAAGUGUUUAUUAUGAUAGUGAUUUUAAUCACUGUCAGAUUAAAUCUAUACUAGACCUAACUAUGCCACAUCCCCACUUUGCCACGAUCCCACUAUGCUGUGUUUUUUUUAUUUCAAUGUUAUCAGGUAGUGGUAUGUGCAUUAGAUGUAAAGUAUUGAUAGUUGUGUAUGUGAUAACCUCCACCAGUCAACUGAUCCGAUAUCUGUCAUUCUGUUGUCAUCAGAUGACCGUACACUGUGCUCCCGUAACAAUUUUUUUUUAAUAAAUAAAGACUUAACAUAAAAACUAAUCUAUGCUAUUUAUUCAAAAGAAUAAAUAGCAUAAACCCGCAGGGGAAUCCGCAAGGAUUACGGACCUAACAACCCUGCGGACCCUAGUUAUUUCAGUGGGGGUGGCAACACGUACCACUGCUCUUAGCCGAUCAUGACUUUGGUUAGUUGGGACCGGUAGGCCAGGGCUUACCUGCUUGCUAAUAGCGAAUAGGCCCCCCUAACCCAGCCAUACCAAGUGAAAGGGUUGCUAACUUGUCACAGGAUAGUUAACCGAAAAGUAAAGUGACCAUUGGGAUCCUCUAUGGCACCUGGCACACAAUAGAGUAUACAGCCUUAUCACAGUAUCAAGCUCUGCUAUGACGGACCUUUAUUUCUCGACUUCUCGUGGGAACUAUAUGGAUAAAAACAUAGAAAACCCACAAAACAACGAACUUGUGACGAUCAGGCAUCCUACGGACAACCUGUCGGAGGAAGAUCGUGAACUGGUUACUUUUCGCAGAAGAGUCGCCGAACUUGAAGGUCUCAAUGCCAACAACGGAAAACUUGGUGAACCGUCUACUAGCAAAGAGACAGCAACGUCAGCAAAUGUAGACCAGGAAUCGCAAGAUCAACUGGGAGCAGUAGCUGACAAAAUCGAGGGUCUAAAACUUAGACCUGAGAAACUGAGCGGCAGUCAGAGGCGCAAGCUGAAGAGGAGCCGAGUAAUCAUGGAGGAACAGAAGAACCUACCUAAGGAGGGAGACAAUGGAACCCAUGACUUCAAAAAGUCAAAGGGAACCGAAGCUCAAAAACCUGAGGACAAGGGUCAAGAACCUCCAUGUAAGAAAACUCAUUGGGUACCGACCUACAGGGACGUGGUAACCGAUGAUAAAAAAGUGGCUCUGGUCCUCGCAGGCUACCCCACUAACAAGUUGACCACAAAGCAGGGGCUACUCAUCGAGUCUUGUGUUGGAGACUUGAUACUGUCGGGUACUGAUGGAACCGACGUACCAAGGUUUGAAGACACCAGACUCACUGAUAGAGCACUUGUGAUUAGUACAGCCCAAGAGAACUCUCUUAAAAAGCUUACUGACCAUGUCAACCUGAUAAAACCUUGGGACGGUGCAGAACUCCAUUUGGAAGCCUACAACCCGACUAAGUACAAACGGAUGGUCACUCAUAUAUCAGGGCUGCCAAAAGAGUCCAAGAAGAUCUUGGAAAUUUUGGCAAAAUAGAACCCAGGGCUGAACACGGUUAUCUAGAAAGUCCACCAUGUGACAGAGGUUGGCCCGAAAGGACAAACUUUGUUCCUAAGUGUGGACGAAAACAGCAUGGUCAAACUGGAGGAACUGAAGCGCAGUCCAUAUUUUGGAAUGGGCAGAGUUUGCUUCACAGAUUAUGUCGCCAAGCAGCCACAUGCCCGGAAGAAUGUGAAAAAAUCCACUCCUCAAAAAUCUGGAAAGAGGAAGGCUGAGAAAUCACCAGUGCCACUCGGAAAAGGAGGUAAAGCACAGAUUCAUACCUCCAAUAGAUCCAGAUACAAAUCAAAAUGGCGGAAUUGAAGCUCUCAAUAUUAUUCGUAAAGAAACGGGUUGGAAAGAAAUGAACCACUUAAACAUAAUUUAUUUUGGUAAACUACAAAAUGUAGAUGGUAUAAUAAAAGAUGAAGUUAAUAACAUAAAUUUUCGAAUAAAAAAAGAACAGGUAUUACAAUUAUUAAUCUGUAGGUAUACAGAAAUAAUUAAAAACUAUCAUACAAUACUAUCUGCUAUAUUAACUGUAUGCAAAAAAGAUGCAUUGGAUUUCUAUCAUAAUUGUUUAAUUAAAUUAUUUAGCUCAUUCAGCGAAUCCAAAAAAAUGAUUGAAGGACUGUAUGAAUCUUUAAUUACUUUAAAUAAAUCCUUAAUAUGUAGUGUUCAUUUGAAUUCUGAAUCGAGUUUACAAAACAUUUUAAAAUGGAUCACAGGAUUUCUCAGUAUAUUAAAGAACAAUAAUUUUUCACAAGAAAACUUUAUCGUUUUAUAUGAUAAAAAUAAAAUAGAAAUAGUUGAAAAACAUCUAGUAAUUUUUGAAAAUUAUCUUUAUACCUUUAGUAAUCAGUUACAGAGCGAUUUCAACUACUAUUUUAACGACUUUAGAUCUGAGUUACAAAGCGAUAUUAGUCAAAUAAAAGGCCAGUGUUAUAUAAAUGAACCUUUUAAAAAUGAAGAGUCUUAUAUAGAAAAUUUUAAGAAUCUACAAAAUACAUCAAUUUAUUCAAAUAUUGGAUGGCCAUUNUAGAAAA